GUUAACGGUUGGUGGCGGCGGUUGGCGCCUUCCCCACACCGCAGGCCUCCCCAUGCUUUAGACAGCUAGCACCAGACUCCGAUCGCCACUCACUGGCAAUAAAAAAAGUCUUUUUUUAAUCAUUCCACCCCCCCCGACUCCCUUACUAUCCUGACGGUAUGACCGGCAACUUACCUCCUUGUGUGAUUGACUGUGGAACAGGAUAUACAAAGCUUGGUUAUGCAGGUAACACUGAACCGCAGUUCAUCAUUCCUUCAUGUAUAGCAAUCAAAGAAUCAGCCAGGAUAGGUGACCAUGCACAGCGGAGGUUGGUGAGGGGAGUGGAUGACCUAGACUUUUACAUAGGUGACGAAGCUGUAGAUAAACCAACGUAUGCCACAAAGUGGCCCAUUCGACAUGGUUUAGUUGAAGACUGGGAUCUAAUGGAAAGAUUUAUGGAACAUGUGAUAUUCAAGUAUCUCCGAGCAGAACCUGAGGAUCAUCACUUUUUAAUGACAGAACCACCACUCAAUACACCAGAAAAUCGAGAGUACCUUGCAGAGAUCAUGUUCGAAUCCUUUAAUGUUCCAGGUCUUUACAUUGCAGUCCAGGCUGUGCUAGCCUUAGCUGCUUCCUGGACAUCAAGGCAGAUUGGAGAACGCACACUAACAGGCAUAGUGAUAGACAGUGGAGAUGGAGUAACCCAUUGUAUUCCAGUGGCCGAAGGUUAUGUCAUUGGAAGCUGCAUUAAACAUAUCCCAGUUGCAGGUCGGGAUAUUACGUUUUUCAUUCAACAGCUCUUGAGGGAAAGGGAAAUCGGGAUACCACCUGAACAAUCCUUGGAGACUGCGAAGAUCAUCAAGGAGAGAUAUUGUUAUAUCUGCCCUGAUAUAGUAAAGGAAUUCACUAAAUACGACACAGAUCCUGGGAAGUGGAUCAAGCCAUACAUCGGUAUCAAUGCUAUCAGCAAACGACAAUUUUCUGUUGAUGUGGGCUAUGAAAGGUUCCUGGGACCUGAAAUUUUCUUCCAUCCAGAGUUUGCAAAUCCGGACUUUAUGCAACCUAUUUCAGAGGUAGUUGAUGAAGUAAUACAAAACUGUCCCAUAGAUGUUAGACGUCCGUUAUACAGAAGUCUUUGCCUCAACCAUUCCCAUACCCAAGACUCGGACACAGGCAGCGUGUACCGGACCAUGGCCCACCUCUUGCAUCCAGAACUUCUCUGGAGUGUGUCCUCCUCUUCUUCCAGCAACAACAGUAUCGAGGCUGCAUCCAUUUCCGACUGGACACUAAAUGGAGGGAGAGCACCUGCGGUUUCUGCAAGGCCUUCUGAGGGGCUAGGGGAGGGGGCUGGAAAAGGUGCCCUAAAAAUAGCCUGCCUCAAAACUCCUGACUGGAUUACCACGUCCAGAGGGAUCACCCACAUGUGGUCAGAAAUUAAGAUUAAUAAACUUUGGAGCCUGGACUGUAAGAACUCUGAUGGACCAACUAACAGUGACCGGCCUGAGAGAAGAACUGCGAUCAUAGUCAGAGAACUGAAGAGAUGCCAGAUUGACCCAGCUGUUCUUUCUGAAGUUCACCUUGCAGACAAAGAGCAACUGAAGGAGGUGAAAGGUGGUUACACCUUCUUCUGGAAAGGGAAGGCAGCUGAUAAACCCAGAAUUCAUGAUAAAAAAUGA